AAAAUUUCAGCACUCAUCCGCCUCGUGAAAGGCAGAGCACGCGCAAAAGCCACCACCGCGUCGUCGUCUCCAAGCAAGCGAAGAGCGCCUCCCCUCCCCCUCGAGAUCUUCUCUCCCUCCCCGCGCCGCUAUGGACGCUGUUGACUCGGUGGUCGACCCGCUCCGCGAGUUCGCCAAGGACAGCAUCCGCCUCGUCAAGCGCUGCCACAAGCCCGACCGCAAGGAGUUCACCAAGGUCGCCGCGCGCACUGCGAUCGGCUUCAUCGUCAUGGGAUUCGUCGGCUUCUUUGUCAAGCUCAUCUUCAUCCCCAUCAACAACAUCAUCGUCGGCUCCGGCUGAUCCAUGCCCCUCAGGAGUGGACAAUGGCGUCUCCGCCUUGGAGGCGCAGCUCUGGCAUCCGGAAAGCAGUUUGUUUAGGUGAAGGACGAGUCCCGUGGUAGACCUGUAACUCUUGGUUGGGUCUUUCUCGAUUGCUUUCUAGUGCGGCAUGGACGCAUCGUUCAUAAUUCCCCUUUUA